AAUGAGUACUUCUCAUGGUACUUUGUUGUCCAACAGCAACAGGUUACAUGGCAAAGUAGCCAUCAUAACUGGUGGAGCUACUGGGAUUGGUGAAAGCACGGCCAGAUUGUUCGUCCGGUAUGGAGCCAAAGUUGUAAUUGCAGACAUUCAAGACGAUCUUGGGCAAUCCGUCAGUAAAGACGUAGAUCCCACAGGACAGGCCAUCUCUUACGUCCACUGCGAUGUUACAAAAGAAGCUGAUCUCGAAAAUCUCGUUGACAGCACCAUCGAGAAGCAUGGUAAGCUUGAUAUAAUGUACAACAACGCCGGAGUAGUUGGCACAUUUGGUAGGUCAACAGUAGAUACUGAUUUUGAAGAAUUCAAGAGAGUCAUAGAUGUGAAUGUACUAGGUUCGUUCUUGGGUGCUAAACAUGCGGCUAGAGUCAUGAUUCCGGCCAAGAAAGGUUGCAUAUUAUUCACCUCAAGUGUUGCUUCUGUAAUAGCCGGUGAGACUCCACAUGCUUACACCACAUCAAAACAUGCUAUUGUGGGCUUAACUAAAAACUUGUGCGUGGAACUAGGCCAAUAUGGAAUUAGAGUUAAUUGCAUUUCUCCUUUUGCGCUUGCAACCCCUUUGCUGACUAAUGCCGUCAAUAUGGAGGCAAGUACGUUGGAGGCAGCAAUUUAUAAGUCGGCAGUGUUGAAAGGAACAUUUAUAACAACAGAGGAUAUCGCCGAGGCAGCUGUGUAUUUAAGUAGUGAUGAGUCUAAGUAUGUUAGUGGGCUUAAUCUUGUUGUUGAUGGAGGUUAUGCUACAACUAAUCCUACUUUCAGCACGUCUAUGCAAGCAAGUUUGAAGUAGAAUUUGCUGAUUGAAUAAUAGCCAGCUUGAUUUCACUUAGAGAAAGAAAUGUCUAUGGCUUCGAUCUGGUUGCGUUGAAUGCGUAUGUAGAAGAUGUGUAUUUUAUUCUUUUGUUGUUGUUUUUUUCUUUUUUUUUGGCGAAAAAGGCAA